UGCUGUGCUGUGCGGUGUCCACUCUUUAGAAUGCGUUUCAGUCACGUGUGAACCUACGCCAGGCAUUUCAUUAUGAGCCGCAGUGAUCAGCAAUAGGCCGAUGGUACUGUAGCGGUGGAUAUGCUGACCGGAGAGGAUGGAGACAGGAGCCAGCUCACCUUGCUUGAUUCACGCCGAUAACAAGAACUAAUAAAGGGGGAGAGGAAGAUGUUAUAAAGCCGGUGCUAAAAAUGCACUCCCCUGCCUUGUUCCAAAUUGUAGUAUUAGUAACAUCCGCUUUCUUUGCGGCGUGGACUGCAGACUUUCCCGGGAGCGACGCAUCUGUCAUUUCGGAGAUUUUGGAACCGGUCGGGAUCGCUGUAGAGUCUUCGCAGUCCUCAGCGCCGCCGCUCCACCGGCAAUAUGGAAUCGAUACGGGUAAAAUUGCGUCAGCGGCAGCACGCGCCCCGGUUAAUGACAUCACCGACCCAAUUGUCAUCCCAACGAGCCCGCCAGGUAACCAGCACCGUGAGACCGAACCGGUGAGUUUCGAGAUUGUGAAAUGGAACUGGGAACACGCUCACGGACCCUUCCUCGUUGCGGUGUGGAUCAUGGUGGCCAGCCUGGCUAAGAUACUGUUCCACCUGUCCAGCAAGGUGACCACAGUGGUACCGGAGAGCUGCCUGCUCAUCCUGCUGGGGCUGGGGCUGGGAGGCAUCGUCCUGGCCGCCACCAACAGAACGGAGUACCAGCUGGACCCCAAGAUGUUCUUUCUGUUCCUGCUGCCGCCCAUCGUCCUCGACUCGGGCUACUUCAUGCCCAGCAGGCUGUUCUUUGACAACAUCGGGACCAUCCUGAUGUACGCAGUCGUGGGCACUCUCUGGAACUCGUCUGCAACCGGGCUGGCUCUGUGGGGGAUCAAGCAAGCAGGGCUGAUGGAUGAGAAGGUGGACGCAGGGCUGAUGGACUUCCUUCUGUUCGGGAGUCUGAUCUCAGCUGUGGACCCCGUGGCUGUGCUGGCUGUCUUUGAAGAAGUCCACGUUAAUGAAACGCUCUUCAUAAUUGUCUUCGGAGAGUCUCUGCUGAACGAUGCUGUGACCGUGGUAUUGUAUAAAGUGUUCAACACCUUUGUGGAGAUGGGUUCGGAUAAAGUCCGCGCUGUGGAUUAUGUGAAAGGUGUUGCCUCGUUCUUCGUGGUGAGUCUGGGGGGGACAGUGGUGGGGCUGGUCUUUGCCUUCAUCCUGGCCCUCACCACGCGCUUCACCAAGCGAGCCCGGAUCAUCGAGCCCCUCUUCGUGUUCCUGCUGGUGUACCUGUCCUACCUCACCGCAGAGAUAGCCUCGCUGUCCUCCAUCCUGGCGAUGACGUUCUGUGGCCUGUGCUGUAAGAAGUACGUGGAAGCCAACAUUUCUCAGAAGUCUCGCACCACAGUGAAGUACACCAUGAAGACCAUGGCCAGCAUUGCAGAAACCAUCAUCUUCAUGUUCCUGGGCAUCUCCGCUGUGGACACUUCCAUGUGGACCUGGGACAGCGCCCUGGUGCUCUUCACUCUCGUCUUUGUGUUUGUGUUCAGAGCCGUGGGUGUCAUUCUCCAGACCUGGGUUCUGAAUCGCUUCAGACUCUGCCCUCUGGACAGGAUCGAUCAGGUGAUGAUGUCGUACGGUGGCCUGAGGGGAGCAGUGGCGUUUGCCUUGGUCAUCCUUCUGGACAAGUCAAAGGUCAAAGCAAAGGAUUACUUUGUGGCAACGACUAUUACUGUGGUUUUCUUCACAGUGAUGUUCCAGGGGCUGACUAUUAAACCUCUUGUGAAAUGGCUGAAAGUGAAACGCAGUAACCAGCACAAGCCUACCCUGAACGAGGAGCUUCAUGAACGGGCCUUUGACCACAUCCUGGCUGCUGUGGAGGACAUUGCUGGUCACCACGGUUACCACCACUGGAGAGACAAGUGGGAACAUUUUGACAAGAAGUACCUGAGCCAGCUGCUGAUGCGGAAGUCGGCCUAUCGCAUCAAAGACGAGAUCUGGGACGUAUACCAGAAACUGAACAUCAGAGAUGCCAUGAGCUUCGUUGAUCAAGGAGGUCACGUUCUCUCCUCCGCUAAGCUGUCCCUUCCUUCCUUGCCCAGCCGGACGUCAUUUUCAGAAACCUCUGUCACAAACCUUCUACGGGAGAAUGGCAGUGGAGUGUGUCUGGAUCUGCAGGUAAUCGAUACCGUGAGAAGUGGCAAAGACAAGGAGGACACGGUGAUGCAUCACGUCCUCGCAGGAAACCUGUACAAACCACGCAAGAGGUACCAGGCGAAUUACAGCCGUCACUUCAUCAGCGCGGAUGAGCAGGAGUGGCAAGAUCGCGAGGUGAUCCAGAGGAACAUGCGGUGCCGGCUCGAGUCCUUCAGAUCCACCAAGCACAGCGUCUACCAGAGCAAGGGCAAGUCCCGCCACAAGAAGAGCCAGAAGAAGCACAGAAGCAGUGAUGUAAAUGGAGAGGUUCCCAAUGGCAAACCCAAAAGAAACAUCAGUUGGCAGGACACAGUGCCUGUUGUCAUGACAAUGGACUCGGAGGAGGAAGAGGAAGACAACUCAGAAGCCGAGAAGGAGGAGGAUGAAGGGAUCACCUUCGUGGCUCGAGCUGCAGACGAGGUCCUGCUGGAGAGGAAACCGUCAAGUGAGUCUCCCUCCACUAGAAACUACCAGCUUCUCUCCACGGCCCUCUGGUGCACCCAGAGUUCUCACAAGAAGACACUCUCAUACUGUACUCUGGGUGUGUGUCAGAGCCCCUUCCUCCUCCCCCCGUCUCCCACCUGCGCGGAGAAGGAGCUGCCCUGGAAGGGAGACCAGGGGGAUCUCCCAGCCUGCGUCUCCUCGGAGACCACCAAGAUUGUGCCCAUUGACCUGCAGCAGGCCUGGAACCAGAGCAUCUCGUCCCUGGAAAGCCUGCCAUCCCCCCCAGUGUCCGAGGCGCAGCAGCUCCAGUGCAGGACAUUGCCCCCGGCGAGGCUGGAAGAGCGUGGGGCCCCAGCUGCCCUCGCUAGGCCCCUGCAGGACCCCCGUUUCCAGUUCCCAGAGCGCGCCGCGGCUGCUGGUAGAAGCAGCGAGGAGGACAGCACGGAGUGCAUCCAGCAGCAGGAGCUCCGGCCCCUCAUGUCCCCCGACAAGCAGCCCAGACCAGGCCCAUCUACUGGGUCUGCCGGAGCCAGGUGGCCGGUCCAAUUCAACAGAGCCGCCCGGGUUUCACUCCUGAAAAAUUUAGUUACUGCCUCCCCUUACAAGGGCAGCGGCCAGACAGACCUUUAGUUACCACAUCCCCCAUCCCCCCAGCACACGUUACUUGAAUGUAGCACUUUAAACCUGAGAGGAGAAUCACUCUUUAUUGUGUUUUUUAAAAGUAUUAUUAUUAUUGGGGCUCCCGAGUGGUGCAUCCAGUAAAGGCUCUCCGCCUGGAGUGCAGGAUACGCCCUAUAGCCUGGAGAUCGCAGGUUCGAAUCCAGGCUAUGUCAUUGCCGACCGUGACUGGGGGUUCCUAGGUGGCGGCGCACAAUUGGCCGAGCGCCGCCCGGGUAGGGAGGAAUUAGGUUGAGGGCAAUCCAUGGUUCACCGCGCACCAGCGACCCCUGUGGCUGAUAGGGCGCCUGCGGGUCUGCAGUGGAGCCAUUCAGAUCUGUGUUGCCCUCUGGCACUAUAGGUCUGGUGCCCUCGCUGUGGAUCCGCAGUGCGAAAAAUGACGGAUUGGCAGGAACAUGUUUCGGAGGACACGUGUUUCAGCCUCCGUUCCCCGAGUCGCCGGUGGGUUGCAGCGGUGAACCGGGAUACAAAUAAUAAUUGGGCAUUCCAAAUUGGGGAGAAAACCAGGGUAAAAACCAUUAGCGACGACUAAAUUAAAAAAAAAAAAAAAAAGUAUUCUUAUUAGUAUUAUUAUUGCAUGGAAUUGUGUGAUGUAUUUAUUUUGUUCAUAUAGCCCUAUACAUACAGCUUUAAAGAAUUGAAGGAAUGUUUUCUUAGGGACUGUUAAAGGCAUUUUGAGAAAUGAAAUCCAGUACACAAAGCCUUUAAUCUGUUUUGGAGAAGGUUCGAAGUUUAUUUUCAGUUUUCAAAGAAUUGUUUAAACUAAGCAAAACAUUCCUUAAAACAGUUAUUAACACACAAAUGGUGAAAACCCAGCUGGCAGGAUAUAGCAUAGGAACCUACCUGAGGUUAUAUUGGGGCUAAAUUCACAAAGCUUUAACCCAUGAGUUAAUAAAACCUUUUUUUUUGGUAUCUGUUUUGAUGAAUUUGCUACUGUAAUACAGGUGAGAACGUCAGUAUAGGUUUUUAUUGUUCACACACCUACGUUGUUACCAGUGGUGUUUAUAAUUAUAACAUUUUUAAAUAUUUAAAUGUUGUUUAUUUUGUGUUGUAGUAUGAUUAUAAAUUAGUUAUCAUCUCCUUUCAGAAA